UUAUUUAUACCCGCGGAACACAAGGUCGCGGUUCAGACAGACACGUGCGCUUGUAGCUGGCACCACGGCGCCGAGGCCGGCCCUAAACCUGGUGAACUGGUGUCAAAAUAAUGCCUGUUUCCCGGUAACGGCGAUCCAGCAACACAAUCCGGUAACAAAACCUCAAUUCCAGUGCUAUCUUCCAGAUUGUGAGUGAUCCGUGUGCCGGCUCAAGUUAGACGUGACCCUGCUGUCUCGUAUCGGGACGCGUCUCACAUCUCUAAACGCUUCUUCGACUGGGUUUUCGCCGCGAUUCCUUGCGCAAUGGCGGACUACCUGAUUAGUGGACAGACCGGCUACGUGCCUGAAGAUGGUCUGACCGGACAGCAGCUCUUCGGAUGCGGUGAUGGCCUCACGUACAAUGACUUCUUGGUUCUUCCAGGCUAUAUUGACUUUACAGCUGACCAAGUGGACUUGACAUCAGCCCUGACCAAACAGAUCACUCUGAAGACGCCGCUGGUGUCCUCUCCCAUGGACACGGUCACCGAGUCGGGCAUGGCUAUCGCUAUGGCUCUCACUGGUGGGAUCGGCUUCAUCCACCAUAACUGCACACCAGAAUUCCAGGCUAAUGAAGUGAGAAAGGUCAAGAGAUACGAGCAGGGUUUCAUUACAGAUCCUGUGGUGAUGAGUCCCAACGAGCGCGUGAGAGACGUUUUUCAGGCGAAAGCGCGUCACGGCUUCUGCGGCAUUCCCAUCACAGACAACGGACAGAUGGGAGGACGCCUUGUAGGCAUCAUCUCAUCCCGAGACAUCGACUUCCUCAAAGAGGAGGAACAUGAACUCCCGCUCAGCGAGGUGAUGACGAAAAUGGAGGAUCUUGUAGUGGCUCCCGCCGGUGUGACGCUAAAGGAAGCUAAUGAGAUCCUUCAGAGGAGUAAAAAAGAAUUUCCUCAAACACUGCUAUGGGUUUAUGAAGGUCAUGUAAUUGGCAAACUGCCCAUCGUAAACGAGGAGGGCUGCUUGGUGUCCAUCAUUGCUCGCACAGACCUGAAGAAGAACCGAGAUUUCCCUCUGGCCUCCAAAGACCCUCGCAAGCAGCUGUUGUGCGGCGCUGCGAUAGGAACACACAACGACGACAAAUACAGACUCGACCUGCUCGUGCAAGCUGGCGUAGAUGUGGUCAUCCUGGACUCUUCUCAAGGAAACUCCAUUUUCCAGAUCAACAUGAUCAAGUACAUCAAGGAGAAAUACCCCAACCUGCAGGUUAUCGGAGGCAACGUGGUAACAGCAGCUCAGACGAAGAAUCUUAUCGAUGCCGGUGCGGACGCUCUGAGAGUGGGCAUGGGCAGUGGCUCCAUCUGUAUCACACAGGAAGCUCCUCUUACUAUUCCUCCUGAUAUAAAGCUCCACAGCCCCAAAGCCCCAGCCACUGUAACAGGAUACUGCAUACUGGCAUGUGGCAGACCGCAGGCUACAGCUGUGUAUAAGGUGUCGGAAUAUGCACGGCGCUUCGGCGUGCCAGUCAUCGCAGACGGCGGCAUUCAGAACGUGGGCCACAUCGCCAAGGCCCUGGCACUUGGGGCAUCCACAGUGAUGAUGGGCUCGUUGAUGGCAGCGACCAGUGAAGCUCCAGGCGAGUAUUUUUUCUCAGAUGGCAUCCGGCUGAAGAAGUACAGAGGAAUGGGCUCACUUGAUGCCAUGGAUAAGAACCUGGGAUCGCAGACCAGAUAUUUCAGCGAGUGUGAUAAGAUUAAAGUAGCUCAGGGAGUCUCGGGCGCUGUACAGGACAAAGGCUCCGUCCAUAAGUUUGUCCCCUACCUCCAUGCUGGAAUCCAGCACUCCUGCCAGGACAUAGGAGCCAAGAGCCUUACACAACUUAGGGCGAUGAUGUAUUCUGGCGAUCUGAAAUUUGAGAAAAGAACCGUAUCCGCUCAGGUGGAGGGAGGAGUGCAUGGGCUGCACAGCUAUGAGAAACGUCUGUUCUAAUGAUGACAACUAAUGCCAAGAAUACACAUUAACACACACACACACACACACUACAUAACACACCAAAUCAUAGUCAUUUUAUUUUAUAAAUUCGUAUUACUUAAUCUGGUUAGUACAAAGAUGAUCACCUUGUAUAUGCACAGUGUGGUGCAUCCAUGCCCAUGUCAAAACCAUGUCACACUUCCCUUUUCUUUGUCUUCCAGACCUUUUGUUGAGCAAACAAACUGUGCAUGUGGUUUUAUGUAUAUGUUCAAAUUUAAGGACAUACUUUUCAGUUAAUGAAACAAAAAAUAUCUACAAUUAUGUACCGCACUUGCAUUCAAAGGUAUUCAAUAAUUUCAAAUACAUUUUUCCAGUAAAACAAA